ACAGUCACGAAAAUCAAAGUUGGAAAAGUAGUUAGUUGUGAAACUCGCUACAACAACGCGCCGUCAACCGCAUACAAUUACAAAAGGAAAAUGAAGUAUCUUGCUGCUUACCUCCUCUUGACCGUUGGCGGAAAGAACGCUCCCUCUGUCUCUGACAUCGAGAAUGUCCUCUCCACCGUUGGUGUCGAAGUUGAAUCUCAACGUGUUGAAUCUUUGGUUAAGGAACUUGAAGGCAAGAACUUGGAAGAGUUGAUUGCUGCCGGUAACGAAAAGCUCGCUACUGUUCCUUCUGGUGGUGCUGCUGCUGCUGCUCCCGCCGCCGCUGGUGCUGAUGCCCCUGCUGCUGAAGAAGCUAAGAAGGAAGAGGCCAAGCAAGAGGAAGAAUCUGAUGAAGACAUGGGCUUUGGUUUGUUCGACUAAGGAUGUCAAUAAAAUCUAUCUUUGUAUUGUUGAUAAAAAAUUUACCGAGCGUAAAGUAAAAGAGUAAUGUCUAUGUCUAAAU